GGCUCUACUUUCCGCCGGCAUCAGUGGCGUGUGUUACCGGAGCAGGUCGAAGAGUCUCCGCCGGUUUUUAAACCGUUUACACCGAACGACCCACCGGUUUGCUCUUCCUCUGACCCGGGGCGAGGCUGAGCCGAGGCGUGCGACCCGACCGCGGCCUUGUCAAGUCAACUCCAGCCCGUGGUUUUUGAGAAAAUCACACAUUUUAGGGAGUUAGCUUGAUAAUUGUUUUCUUGUCAUUAGCUGUAAAGUGAAGGCAUCCAUUUUUUAUUUUUGUGUACCCUCCUCUUCGUCACCUGUCACUUUCCCUCCCGCCUCUGACCCGGCUGCUGUGCUCGGACCGAGCCGAACAGCGACUCAUCCUCCGAGGGGAACCCGACUGACUGCGCCGACAUGGGGUAUGGACGGUCGGACAGCUACCGCGUGGCCACCACGCAGGACAAGGAUGAGAAGGAGUCACCCAAGAAGAAGGGAGGCAAGGAUCUGGAUGACCUCAAGAAGGAAGUUCCCAUCACGGAACACAAAAUGUCUGUUGAGGAGGUUUGCAGGAAAUACAACACUGAUAUCGUCCAGGGUUUGACCAAUGCCAAGGCAGCAGAGUACCUGGCCAGGGACGGCCUCAAUGCUCUGACUCCACCCCCCACCACCCCAGAGUGGGUUAAGUUCUGUCGCCAGCUGUUCGGCGGCUUCUCCAUCCUGCUGUGGAUCGGUGCCAUCCUCUGCUUUCUGGCCUACGCCAUCCAGGCAGCCACAGAGGAUGAGCCCGCUGGGGAUAACUUGUACUUGGGUAUCGUGCUGUCGGCUGUCGUCAUCAUCACCGGCUGCUUCUCCUACUUCCAGGAAGCUAAGAGCUCUAAGAUCAUGGAGUCCUUUAAGAACAUGGUCCCUCAGCAAGCCUUGGUUAUCCGUGAGGGAGAGAAGAUGCAGAUCAACGCUGAGCAGGUGGUGGCAGGAGACCUGGUGGAGGUGAAGGGAGGAGACAGGAUCCCCGCUGACCUACGCAUCAUCUCCUCCCACGGCUGCAAGGUGGACAACUCGUCCCUGACUGGUGAAUCAGAGCCCCAGACCAGGUCACCUGACUGCACCCAUGACAACCCCCUGGAAACCCGCAACAUCGCUUUUUUCUCCACCAACUGUGUCGAGGGAACAGCUCGUGGUAUUGUUGUGUGCACUGGUGAUCGUACAGUGAUGGGUCGCAUCGCCACCCUCACUUCAGGCCUGGAGACUGGCAAGACACCUAUUGCCAAGGAGAUCGAGCACUUCAUCCACAUCAUCACGGGUGUGGCCGUCUUCCUGGGCAUUAGUUUCUUCGUCCUGUCCAUCAUCCUGGGUUACUCCUGGCUGGAAGCCGUCAUCUUCCUCAUCGGUAUCAUUGUGGCUAAUGUACCUGAGGGACUGCUGGCCACAGUCACCGUGUGUCUGACUCUGACUGCUAAACGAAUGGCGCGUAAGAACUGCCUGGUGAAGAACUUGGAGGCUGUGGAAACUCUUGGCUCCACCUCCACCAUCUGCUCAGAUAAGACAGGGACACUGACCCAGAACAGGAUGACCGUGGCCCACAUGUGGUUCGACAACCAGAUCCACGAGGCCGACACCACCGAGGACCAAUCUGGCUCCUCCUUCGACAAGAGCUCCACAACAUGGGUGUCUUUGGCCCGCAUCGCUGCCCUGUGCAACCGUGCUGUGUUCAAGGCCGGUCAGGAUACUUUGCCCAUCCUAAAGCGUGAAGUGGCUGGAGAUGCCUCAGAGUCUGCCCUGCUGAAAUGCAUUGAGCUGUCAUGUGGCGCUGUCAAGACCAUGAGGGACAAGAACAAGAAGGUGGCUGAGAUCCCCUUCAACUCCACCAACAAGUAUCAGCUGUCAAUUCACGAAACGGAGGAAGAAAGCGAGAACCACUACCUGCUGGUGAUGAAGGGAGCCCCAGAAAGGAUCCUGGACCGCUGCUCCACCAUCAUGGUGCAAGGCAAGGAGCAGCCCAUGGACGAUGAGAUGAAGGAGGCUUUUCAGAACGCCUAUUUGGAGCUGGGAGGACUGGGAGAGAGAGUACUGGGUUUCUGCCACCUGUUCAUGCCCGAGGACAAGUACCCCAAGGGUUUCGCCUUCGACACCGAUGACGUCAACUUCCGGACAGACAACCUUUGUUUCGUGGGCCUCAUGUCCAUGAUUGACCCGCCCCGUGCUGCCGUGCCCGACGCUGUAGGAAAAUGUCGCUCCGCUGGCAUCAAGGUCAUCAUGGUGACUGGAGACCACCCAAUCACAGCCAAGGCCAUUGCUAAGGGUGUUGGCAUCAUCUCCGAGGGCAACGAGACGGUGGAAGAUAUCGCUGCUCGCCUCAACAUCCCUGUCAGCCAGGUCAACCCCAGAGAUGCAAAGGCCUGUGUGAUCCACGGCACAGAUCUGAAGGAUCUCUCUCAGGAGCAGAUGGAUGAUAUUUUGAGGAACCACACGGAGAUCGUCUUUGCCAGAACGUCCCCACAGCAGAAACUCAUCAUUGUAGAGGGCUGCCAGAGACUGGGUGCCAUCGUGGCUGUGACAGGUGACGGUGUGAACGACUCUCCUGCCCUGAAGAAGGCUGACAUCGGGGUUGCCAUGGGAAUCUCUGGCUCAGAUGUGUCCAAACAAGCCGCAGACAUGAUCCUUUUGGACGACAACUUUGCCUCUAUCGUCACAGGAGUAGAAGAAGGCCGCCUCAUCUUUGACAACCUGAAGAAGUCCAUCGCCUACACUCUGACCAGCAACAUCCCAGAGAUCACCCCCUUCCUGUUCUUCAUCUUGGUCAACAUCCCUCUGCCUCUGGGCACCAUCACCAUCCUCUGCAUUGACCUGGGAACUGACAUGGUACCUGCCAUCUCUCUUGCCUAUGAAGCAGCAGAGAGCGACAUUAUGAAGCGUCAGCCCAGGAACCCACUGAGGGACAAACUGGUCAAUGAGAGACUCAUCAGCAUCGCGUACGGACAGAUUGGAAUGAUCCAAGCUCUCGGUGGAUUCUUCGCCUACUUCGUCAUCAUGGCUGAAAACGGUUUUCUGCCGUCUGUGCUUGUUGGCAUCCGGCUCAACUGGGACGAUCGCUCCAACAACGACCUGGAGGACAGUUACGGACAGCAAUGGACCUACGAGCAGCGUAAGAUUGUGGAGUUCACUUGCCACACAGCCUUCUUCGUCAGUAUUGUGGUGGUGCAGUGGGCCGACGUCAUCAUCUGCAAGACCAGACGUAACUCUGUGUUCCAGCAGGGCAUGAAGAAUAAGAUUUUGAUCUUUGGCCUGUUUGAGGAAACAGCUUUGGCUGCUUUCCUGUCCUACUGCCCUGGCAUGGACGUGGCACUAAGGAUGUACCCACUCAAGCCCAGCUGGUGGUUCUGUGCGUUCCCGUACAGUUUCCUCAUCUUUGUUUACGAUGAGAUUCGAAAACUCAUCCUUCGCCGAAACCCCGGAGGCUGGGUGGAAAAAGAGACAUACUAUUAAAUUAUCAAAGCAUCAUUUACUUCUCACUUCACCCUCCCCUUCCUGAACUCAUUCCUCCUCUAACUCCCUCUCUCUUUCCCUUUCCUCCUCCCUUCCUUCCCUUCAUCCAUCUCUCCUCUUGUCUCCCCGAGAUACUCACACUGUACAAGGAAACUAUGUUUCCUCCUUUGUCCUGUCCGUCCUGUCCAUCCUCAUCCCCUUAAGAAACAGAAAAAAAACACAAAAUGCCAAGAUGACGAGAGGACCAACGACAGAGGAGGGGAGGGUGGUGGAGGGGUGGGUUUGUAAAUCUUCCCUGUCCUCUCUGUCCCCCUUUUUUUUUUCUAUCCAAAGUCUAAACAGCAUAGUUCUGCCAGUAACACUGUUUGUGCCGAUGCUUGUUACUACACUGUUAGCAGCAGCCACUCUUGUUGUGCGUACUAACGCUGUGGUCAGCUGAAUAAAGGUGAUAACUGUAUGAAUAAAGAAAAUCUGACUGUUCCACUGCGACGAUCACUUGUGAUCUUGCCAAGCAGGACAACGACUCGGCAGCUCCCGCCCACACUCCCAGCUGCCACUGUAGGCGGGUGGGUGGCGUCUUUUUUAAAAUUUAUUUAUUCUUAUUUUUUUUUCUAAAAGAUUUGUCCAGAGAAUCCUUCAGAUCCAGCUCUCUUAUCACUGCCAUGUUCUGCCAUUCACCUCUUUUACUUCUCGCUCUAUUUCUACUUACUCACUGCCAAUCUUCUUCUACUGCCUCCCUCCCUCCCUCCCUCCCUCCUCCUCUUCUUACUCCUGCCCCAUCGAUAAAGAAUCUGUCUCAACAGGGCGGGAAAAAAGGUCACUAACUCUGACUCCCUCCCUCCCUGCCUCCCUCUUCCUCUCUUCUUCCCCCCCAUGUGUGUUUUUUUUCCUCCUUGCGUUGUUUUUAAUAGACGUCUGUUUUUUUUUUACAACAUUGUUCUCAAAAGUUUUAAGUUCGGAGUGGGUCUGCUUGUUUUCAUUGGGACAUGACAAAGCCCACUGUCUCUCCCUCUUCUUCUGCCUCCUCUCUUCUUUCUCUCUUACACUCAUCCUAUAUCUCCUCUCCACUCACCCAGCCUGUCCCUGUCUGUUUGUGAACACGGUGCAAACCCUCCGUCCUUGUAAACUUCCCCUAUCACCAACCUGCCUCCUCUUCCCCUCCCGCAAACCCCCCCCCCAUUAACCCCACCCGAACUUACCCGUUAUAAAAAAUACAAUCUUUCUGUGUCCUCGGAAAAAGAGAUUUCUCUCCAAUUUCAUUAAUUACAUCAUUGGAAAUAUGGAAUAUAAGACACUGCACAUUAACUUACGAAACAACAGAAAAAAAAGAAAAUGAAAUAAAAUAGAAGGAUCUCUCUUUUUUCAGUUUGGUCUCCAGUUUGUUUUUGUGUUGAGUUUUGUCAGAAAAUGGAAAUAAAUGCUGUGACCAACUCUUA